AUGACACAAGUCCGGAUCAGUCUGAUUCUUAAAGACAAAGAUCCAAGCGAGUGUAGAAGUUACUGUCCAAAUUUGUGGCGUUGUCAGUUUCUGCUGCCUCUGGUCUCUCUGGGUCUGGUGGUUUUGGGCGGUCUGACUGGGUUCUGUGCAUGUGUGUGCAGCAGUCUGGCGCCAGCACUCUUCAUUGGCUUGUUGCAGCUGCUCGCAGGUUUGUGUUCUCUGGCGACUGUGUGCUGUUUCCUGGCGGGGAUGGACCUUCUUCACCGCGUGUCCAUGCUGCCGGAUCGUGUGGACGCGAAUCUCGGCUGGUCUCUAUAUCUGGCGCUCAUCGCAUCUCCUCUGUACAUGAUGUCGGCCGCGCUGCUCGCGUGGGCCGCUCGCAGUCACAGUCAGACGUACGACCGCAUGAUGGCGUAUAGAGUCGCGUAAAACAUCAGUGAUGCUCGUGGAUGGAAAAAUCUUAUCCGUGUCGAGUUCAGCAGAUUAAUUCUGAAUGUCAACGCCCUAAACCUGAACUCAAAUUAACUUUGACACUGAAUCUGUAGAGCAAUCACAUCCUGACAAAUGAAAAAUGCACUUUUGGAAAAGUGUGUGUGUGUGUGUGUGUGUGUGUGUGUGUGUGUGUGUGUGUGUGUGUGUGUGUGUGUGUGUGUGUGUGUGUGUGUGGUGUAUUUUAAUCAGUUGUGUUUAGAGUUCAGUAUGAAUGCAAGCAGGGGUCAAAAUUACAGCUUAGUUAUUAAAGAAAGGCAGUUAAUAAAGAAGGUUUGCUGGUCAUAUACUGUAUAUUCUUACUGCCAUGAAACAAAACUUUGCAAUAUGUUUUAUUAAUAACUGUAAUAAUUAUUUAGAUUUUGUUUUUGCUUAGGAGUUUUGAAAAAAAAAGAGAGAGAUAGAGAACUGAAGAACUUCAGACAUCUCUUCGUGAGUAGAGCUCCAGCUGUAAUUAAACACAUCUGACUGUAAUUAUCAAAUAAUCCUGAAUACAUUGAUCAGCUAUUUCAGAUGUGUGUGAUAGAUUUGAAAUGAUAUUGAAUUUCAAUUAUUAUUAUUGCAGUUAAAAACAUAAAUUUCAUUAAUAGAAGUACAUAAAAUGAUCAGCCAUUUGGCGAGUAAUCCCUUUUAUUUUGCGAGUGUUCAUUUUAGACCAUGGAUGUUGGUCUAUGGCAGUCUCGUGAAUGUAUGUGGUCUCGCUGACCUGACGGUUUGAAGAACAAGAACUGAUUCACAAAAUCUUUAUAUAGGAUUUAACAUUUUGUGUGUAUGUUUAAGUGUUUGUUACCAUUUGAACACUGACAAACUUUCAGUCAAACACUAAAGUGUAAGCUGUGAUAUAAUAUCAUGCACAGAGAUUAAUUACUGUUUUAUUAAACGCAUUUAUCUUGUGGUUUAGUGAAUGGCCAGGAAACUUUGUGUAUUGCUUUUAAUUUAUUAAUCCUAUGUAUUACUAUAAUUUGCAUGGAAUUUAUUGAGAUGCUUUUUGUUGUUGCCAUAAAAAUAAUAUAAAUGUCAGUGUCAGUGUUAAACUGGUUUUGGUAUAGAAAACAAAUUACAUGUUGAAAUACUGCAGUGUUUACUGCCAGCUUUUACUUUGAAGUUGUAAGUGAAAUCAUGUGCAGCAGUAAACAUUUCAACUAAAUUAUGCUGCAUUAUUGUCACUUGACCUCAUCAUGCUGGAUGUUUAAUUCACUGAUUGGCAUCCAGUUAUCUGGGAAAUAAAAUUGUUGUGU